AUGCCUCAUCAGCACCACCGCUUCCACGGUAUCGUGCGAGCGCGCGACGAUGACUCGCCCUGGGCCCAAUUCACCAAAGGCGCCGCCAGCGCAUGGAACGAGGUCAACCCUUUUCAAAAAGAGCAGUCAACUAUUUACAAGACCGUCUACACGACACAGACACCUGAGGGCUGGGACGGGAAAGGCGGCUUGACGACGUUGUCACCCGGUGCGGGUAGCCGGCAGGAGAACACUGCGGCCGUGCAGAACGCCGCGACGACGACUUCAUCGUCCAGCACGCAUACGACGAAGAAAUCUACGACUGCGACUGCGGCGAGCACGAGCGCAUCCGACAUCCUGGUGCAGGAUACAUCGCUUCCAGCAUCUAUCAUCCCCACGUCUGCCAGCAGUGUUGACUCGGCGAUUGUUAUUGCUACCAACACUCCUACGCCGGUUGGCCAAACCGCGCAGUCUACAACAGCGAGCGCAACUCCUACGACAUCUGCAAAAGCACAGGAAAGCAGUGGAGACAAUACUGCAGCCAAAGCUGGCAUUGUUAUCGGCGUUCUUGCUGGUGUCUUUGUAGUAGCGGCUAUUGUCUAUUUCUUGUUCAGCCGCCGGCGCAAGCAAAUCGAGAAGCAACGUCUUGCGGAUGAUGAGAAAGUCAACGGACCAUUCGGUGACCAUGCUGCAAUCCCGACAACGCCGUCUCGAGCGCCUCGCCUCAGUCUUCGUCCUGUCACUCAGUUCCUGCCCAAUCUCAACCCACACCCUCACCCCGACAGGAGGGCAAGCAGGGGGGCUGCUAUUGCCAUGGUUGCCAGCCCGAACAGUAGUCGUGCGCCUGGUCAGAGUGCAUGGGAGCGUCCUCUGCCGCCCGUCAAUGCGAAUCCUGCGAAUCCCUUCAGUGAUAAUGCCGAGCGUCUGCACACUGCCAUUCCCGAAGAGCCGUCUACGCCGCUAGAUAGCCACUCGGCCGGUAAUGUAGGUGUUGCGAACACAACUUACUCACCGCCAGGGGUCUCUCCUAUCUCGGCCGUUGCUGGGGCAGGCGCUGUCGCUGGCGUCGUCGCCGGCGCUGGUGCAGUAUCUGGUCUCACGCGAAAGCAAUCUGUUCGGAAGGAUGUUCCCAAGCCGCUUGAUCUGACGCUGCCUCCUCCACUGUCUGCUGUUCCACCCAGUCCUGCUGGAACUGAGUUCAGCCGGGUGGCCCUCAAACUUCCGCUGUUCACCGCGUACAGCUAG